AUGGACAACGUGGAUUCAGACCAGACUAAACCCAUCCCAGCAUACUACUGCUGCUAUCUUCUACGAUCGACUGUCAACAAACGCGCAGGACUAUAUGUCGGGUCCACCCCUAACCCUCCCCGACGACUUCCUCAACACAAUGGUCUCUCAAAAGGAGGUGCGAAGAAGACCGCAACCAAAAAUCGGCCUUGGGAGAUGGUCCUCCUGGUGGAGGGAUUCAUGAGCCGCACUGCUGCACUACAAUUCGAAUGGGCAUGGCAACAUGAAGACUCACGCCACAUGUCCAAAGGCGAACCCGGAAACACAAAGCGGCGUCAACGCCCUCGGCGAUCAUUAACCGCCAAUUUGGAAAAACUACACUCGCUCCUACAAUCGCCAUGCUUCUCACGCUGGCCUCUCAACAUACGCAUCUUCGCUUCAGACGUGUAUCAGCUAUGGCGUGUCUGGUGUGAUCGGGCCAAUGGCACCAUCCCAGAGCAUAUCCGAACCAUCCCCGAUGGAAACUGUCCUCACAAUAGCCCCGAGCCAGAAACCGACCAUCCUAGAGUGGGCAGCAUCGACGGGAUCCAGACCGACUACAGCAAGAUACAAGAUUACCUAGAAAAGGCGGUGUUUCUACUAGACGACCCGAAUGAGCUACACUGCAAAGUAUGUGAAGCACAGGCCAAACCGGAGAAAGAACUGGUGAUUGUGUGCCCGCAGGCAAGCUGCUUCGGUAUCAGUCAUUUAUUGUGUCUUUCUGCCAGGUUUCUAAAAUCUUCCAAUGACCCCAACCAGUUAGUCCCCAGAUCUGGGACUUGCCCAGCGUGCAGCAAGCUUGUCCAGUGGCCAUUGAUGAUGCAGGAGUUGAGUUUCCGGACCCGCGGAGGCAAGGAGGUGCAGGUGAUACUCAGGAAGAAGGCAAGGAGUGAUAAGCGGAAAGCUGCCGCGGCUAGACCGGCCGAAAUUGACGCCAACACUGCCUCAAACGAACCCCUCGAAUCGACUGCACAAGCGUUCGACCGUCUAAAUGAAAACGUUCACCAAGACGUUCUAGACGAAGACUGGGCCGAGGAACUAGACUGUGCAUCAGAAGAUGAUACCAACGAACGGCUAAAGACAGGUUCGAAAGACCAACAAAGGGUAGAAAUCGUCAUUGAGGAUAGCGAUGAGGACGACCUAGAAUUCUUAUGA